CAGAUAGGAGAGGGGCGAGGAAAAAUGCCCCUCGUCGCCUCUCAUUCUGACGCACACAUGCAAGCAAAACAUGCAUGCGCACAUGAUCUUCAAAGCUGACUGCCUUUCAUAGUCUCCCUAUUAGUUAAAGAGAUUACAUCUGGGGCCCUGAACCAAAUAAAUAAGGUGAGAGGAGUGUCAGAGCUCAGUCUGCUCCACCUCGGGAUCCUCUCAGCACUUCAGUGGUAAGCAGAAGGGAAACACUCUUAAUCAGAAGGACAUUGAGAGAGCUGGACACAGCAGGGAUUACAAUAUUUUUUUCUCCUACUGUGGAUUCCUCUCAUUUUAUCAAGAACAGAUUCGCUGCCCUGUUGCAUUUGGGUUGUUUUUGCCAUUCUUUUCCAGAACAUUUUCAUUGCUUCUUGCAGUCCUUGUUUUCUCCCAUCUGACAGAGGUUCUUCAGUGGAUUGUAUGUGGGAGAGCAGGAGGAGGUGAAGCGGUUUCCCACAGAGGUGGUUUGAGUUAUGGAUGUUGACACAUUCCUUCUGGACACGAGGGGAAAUGGAUCCAGCCUGAGCAGACCAAGCAGACGCGAUCACUACGGACGCUUCACGGGGCUUCACCUCCUUGCAUCACCCUUUCUCCCGUCCAGCUCUUCAGCAUGUACCUUUCUGUGAGGCUCUUCCCAGUUUUCCGAGCUCCAGGACAAUGUGCAAAUGGAAAGUGACUAAGGGUGCCUCAGCCUGGUUCCGUCUGUCCUGCCUUUCCCUGCCGCUGCUGCUUCUGUUCCUGUGUUCGGCUCUGCCUGUGGCUUGCCAUGACACCCACAGGGCCAUCCGUGCCCCGAGGGGCACCAACUCCUCAUCGUCUGCCGUGGUGGGGCGGCAUGUGCGCAGCUACAACCACCUCACGGGGGACGUGCGCAAGAGGAAACUCUUCUCCUACCAGAAGUUCUUUCUCAGGAUCGAUAAGAACGGAAAAGUCAAUGGCACCAAAAGCAAGGAUGAUCCGUACAGUACACUCGAAAUCAAGUCUGUGGAUGUGGGCAUCGUUGCCAUCAAGGGGAUUCAAAGCAAUUACUACCUUGCAAUUAACAAGAAAGGGGUGGUCUACGGGGCGAGGGAUUUCGGCAUUGACUGCAAGCUGAUAGAGCGAAUAGAGGAGAACAGGUACAACACCUAUGCCUCGGCAGAAUGGAUGAACAAGAAGAAGCACAUGUUCGUAGGCCUAAGCGCUAAUGGAAGGCCAAUGAGGGCCAAAAAGACCCGGAGAAAAAACACAGCCACACACUUUCUCCCCAUUCCUAUCGUGUAGCUACAACCCCACCAAAAGGGAACAUUUAACUGCACUGAGGAAAGACUUGGAUUUUUUUUUUGACAGUAUAAAUGGAACCAUUUGGAGAAAAAGGCACUAUGUAAAGGAACCACAAGAACUCAUUGUUACUGAGUCAAAUCGUUGUUUCAUAUUUUGUUUUUAAGUUAUUGGCACCAGGGAAAAAAUAUACUUUUUUAAUAAAGGAAAGGUUGGAC